AUGGAUGAUGCAAACAACAACAAUGUUAGUCACGGUCAGCCAGAACUCGAAGUUGGUCAAACUUCUUCUCAGCUUGUCAUAACUGGAGCAUUAGGGAACCCACAGUUCCACUACCGGACACCGGGGAACGAAGAGAAGACUCCAAAUAGCAUCAUGCUAACAUGUAAUCCUCAACAGAAUACACUUCGUACUCAACAGCUUGGCAGAACACGUAAGCGACCACUAGCUACGGUUGGUAGGAACGCUGACGGCACCCCGCUGCGGAAAAUGCAGUCCUUGGGUAAGGAUGGCAGUGAGAUGGAGAAGAGGAUAAAUAGAUCUGACUAUGAGGAAGCAAUUCUGGAGACAGAAGAAUUAUACCAUUCUGAAGAGGAGACUCAGGGUUACUCCCGCCGCGAGUACAGUACCACCGGUGCUAGUACCUACUCGGCAGGGGGUCACCUUCUUAUCAAACCUAAACUCUCUCCCUUCACUCCCGAAAUAUUGAACCAUCCCAUGACGAGAAUCAAGAUGCCGUCCUCUAAAUAUGAUGGCACGUGUUAUCUAGAUGAUUAUGUGGCGGCUUAUGAAGGUCAUAUGUUCCUCUACACGCAGGUGGACGCCAUCUGGUGUAAGGUCUUCCCAUCCACCUUGACCGGGAUAGCUCAGACGUGGUUUAAAAGCCUCAAGCCAGGUAGCAUCUCUAGCUUCUCUCAGUUGUCAUCUACAUUCAGUACACACUCUGUAAGCAAUAGGCACCGCGAGCGUACUACUAGAGAGUUGCUUUCUGUUAAGCAAGGUGCAAAUGAAAGUUUGAGGGACUAUAUUGACCGUUUCAAUGUUGAAGCGGUCUCAAUACCCAGGCUGCAGCAGGAUGUGGCUGUUUUGGCCUUGAUGACGGGGCUUAAGGAAGGGUCACCAUUUCGGAACAAUCUGGGACGGAAGUCUUGUACGUCUUUGGGUCCAGUCCUUGGCAAUGCCAAUGACUACAUCAGGGGAGAGGAAUUCGACAAGGCAGUAGGCAACUGUGAAUCUGAUAAGGAGGAUAAGCAAAAAAAAGAAAAGCAUCGCGAGAGUGACCGCGGCGGAGAGGAAAGAAGGCAAGAAUCAAAUAUGGUCAAAAGAGGGACUAACCGAGAAAGAGAGAAUGAAAGAUAUGACCGCAACAGAAGGGAUCGCGAAAGAAGCGGUCGAGAUUUGCCAGAACGCAAGGAGAGAUUCGAUGCGUAUACUCAGCUCACAACUUCUAGAAGUCAGAUCUUUUUGAUGAACAAGGAUAGUGACAAAUGGCAACGUCCAAAACAGAUGUUCCAUAAGAACCGAGACAAGAGUAAAUGGUGUGAUUUCCACGGAGAUCACAGCCACUUGACUGAAGAUUGCCGGCAUUUGAAGGAUAAUCUGGAGGAUUUGAUAAGGAAAGGUUACUUCAGCCUAUACAAGGCUCAGACUAAAGAAGGAGGUCUGAUAAAGCCGGCAAACCGUAAUGUCCAGUCUCGAAUCAAUGAAAUCAAUGUAAUUAGCGGUGGUCCCAUCCAUGGAGUAAGUAUAAAUGGGGCAAAGGCAAGCUUGAAAGAAUUCAGGCAUCAUGUCAACUUUAAUGAAAGUCUGCCAUGUAAGAAGCCGCCAGCAAUGCCAGCAAUUUCAUUCACUCUAGAGGACGCCAAGCAUGUCGUUUAUCCUCAUGACGACCCAUUAGUAGUAACUCUGAAGAUUUCAAACUGCCUGGUCCACAGAAUCUUGGUGGAUGGAGGCAGCUCGGCAAACAUUUUAUACUUGUCAACAUUUGAAAAACUCAUGAUUGGCCGAGAGUAUCUGAAAUCGGUCAGAUAUCCAGUCAUUGGGUUCACAGGAGCGUCCGUGGUACUAGAAGGAUUAAUCUCGCUCCCGGUGCGCAUUGGAGAAAAUGACACGGCCAGAGAUCUCAUGGCUGAAUUUUUGGUGGUGGAUGUCCCGGGAGCAUACAACGCUAUCAUGGGGCGUCCCUUCAUCCAUAACGUCCAAGGCAUCGUCUCAACCUACCAUCUGACGAUGUUGAAGAGCUCUAGGCAGAGUACCAUCGCGGAUUCUACAAUAGAGGUUGAGUAUAUUGCAGUAGUAGAUGCGAAAAAGGAAGUUGCUUGGAUCAAAAAGUUCAUUAGUAAGCUAGGUGUUGUCCCCAGCAUUGAGAAUGUCAUUGAGUUGUAUUGUGACAAUAAUGGUGCAUUGCUCAGUCUAAGGAGCCUAUAUAGCAUCAAAGAUCUUAUUAGAGAGAUCGUUGGAAGAGAUGAUGCGAAAUUAAGCAAGGUUCAUAUUGAGUAUAAUGUAGCACAUCCUAUGACAAAACUGCUUGCUCAACCAAAGCAUUAG